ACUCGGUCAAACUCACCAAGAAACUAGAGAGAGAGAGAGAGAGAUGAUCGCAGACAGAGCCGAAGACGAAGAGAAAUGGCUUGCCGCCGGGAUGACCGGUCUACAGCAGAACGCAUUCCACAUGCAUCGCGCUCUGGAUUCGAACAAUCUCCGAGACGCGCUAAAAUAUUCCGCUCAGAUGCUCUCCGAGCUUCGGACCUCGAAGCUUUCUCCUCACAAGUACUACGUUCUCUACAUGCGAGCAUUUGAUGAAUUGAGGAAACUCGAGAUGUUCUUCAAGGAGGAGGCGCGGCGCGGUUGCUCUGUUAUUGAUCUGUAUGAACUUGUACAGCACGCCGGCAACAUUUUGCCAAGAUUGUAUCUCCUCUGUACCGUGGGAUCUGUUUACAUCAAAUCUAAGGAAGCCCCUGCUAAGGACGUUCUUAAAGAUCUUGUGGAAAUGUGCCGUGGAAUUCAGCAUCCUGUACGUGGGCUCUUCUUAAGGAGCUACCUCUCCCAAGUCAGCAGGGACAAAUUGCCUGAUAUUGGUUCAGAUUAUGAAGGUGACGGUGACACUGUCGUGGAUGCUGUAGAUUUCGUACUUCAAAAUUUCACAGAGAUGAACAAACUUUGGGUGCGGAUGCAACAUCAGGGGCCUGCCCGGGAAAAGGAGAAACGGGAGAAAGAAAGGAGCGAGCUACGUGAUCUUGUUGGAAAGAACCUGCACGUGCUCAGUCAGAUAGAGGGGGUUGACCUUGAGAUGUACAAAGAGACUGUGCUUCCCAGAGUUUUGGAGCAGGUUGUGAAUUGCAAAGACGAGAUUGCACAGUUCUAUCUGAUGGAAUGCAUAAUUCAAGUCUUCCCCGAUGAAUAUCAUUUGCAAACUCUUGACGUGUUGUUGGGUGCUUGUCCCCAGCUUCAGCCAUCUGUUGAUAUCAAGACAGUGCUGUCCCAGUUAAUGGAAAGGCUUUCAAAUUAUGCCGCUUCAAGUGCAGAAGUGUUACCUGAGUUCUUGCAAGUAGAAGCUUUUUCUAAAUUGAGCAAUGCCAUUGGGAAGGUGAUAGAAGCACAAGUUGACAUGCCUACUAUUGGAGUUGUAACAUUAUAUUCAUCACUUCUUAAAUUUACUCUCCAUGUACACCCGGAUCGACUCGAUUAUGCGGAUCAAGUACUGGGAGCUUGCGUUAAGAAACUCUCUGGCAAAGGGAAGAUCGAAGACAAUAAAGCAACAAAACAGAUUGUCGCACUUUUGAGUGCUCCACUUGAGAAAUAUAAUGAUAUUGUCACUGCUUUGAAGCUUUCAAACUAUCCCCGUGUGAUGGAAUAUCUGGAUAAUGAAACAAACAAAGUCAUGGCUACUGUUAUAAUUCAAAGCAUUUUGAAAAAUAAGACUCAAAUUUCAACCGCUGAAAAGAUGGAAGCAUUGUUCGAGUUGAUAAAAGGACUUAUUAAAGAUUUGGACGGGAUUCCCGAUGACGAGCUUGAUGAAGAUGAUUUCAAGGAGGAACAAAAUUCUGUUGCUCGACUUAUUCAGAUGCUUUCCAAUGAUGAUCCGGAAGAGAUGUUUAAGAUUAUAUGUACCGUGAGGAAGCACGUACUCACUGGAGGACCAAAGCGUUUACUUUUUACUGUUCCUCCCCUGGUUUUCUCUUCUCUAAAGUUGGUUCGGCAAUUGCAAGGCCAGGAAGAGAAUCCUUUUGGAGAUGAUUUAUCUACUACGCCAAAGAAAAUAUUCCAGCUUUUAAAUCAGACUAUUGAGGCUCUGUCAAGUAUUCCGGUACCAGACCUAGCAUUACGGCUGUACUUGCAAUGUGCUGAGGCUGCAAAUGACUGCGAAUUAGAACCUGUUGCAUAUGAAUUCUUCACCCAGGCAUAUAUCUUGUAUGAAGAAGAAAUCUCAGAUUCAAAAGCGCAGGUGACUGCGAUACAUUUAAUAAUUGGGACUCUCCAGAGGAUGCACGUCUUUGGUGUUGAGAACAAGGAUACUUUAACACACAAGGCCACUGGGUAUUCUGCGAAGCUUUUAAAGAAACCAGAUCAGUGCAGAGCUGUUUAUGCUUGUGGACAUCUCUUUUGGGUUGAUGAUCAGGAGAACAUGAAGGAUGGAGACAGAGUCCUGAUAUGCCUGAAACGUGCUCUAAGAAUUGCAAAUGCUGCUCAGCAAAUGUCAAAUGCGGCACGAGGCAGCACGGGUUCGGUGACACUCUUUGUUGAGAUACUGAACAAAUACCUCUAUUUCUUCGAGAAGGGUAACCCACAGAUCACCGUCGCUUCAAUUCAAAGCCUGAUCGAGUUGAUUACAAACGAAAUGCAAAGCGAGUCAACGACACCAGAUCCAGCUACAGAUGCUUUCUUUGCGAGCACGUUGCGGUACAUUGAGUUCCAGAAACAGAAAGGCGGUGCUGUCGGAGAGAAAUACGAGCCCAUUAAAGCUUGAAAUUAUCUGGAGAAAUGAUAUGAAUAGGCGUUUCUUUUUCUUUUUUUCUUUUUGAAGUUCAUAAUGGAUCUUUCUGUCUUCCAGACUGUUUCUCUUUAUAUAAAGCGUGGCUUAUGUGCUCCUUUAGU